AUUGCAAGAUGGUCGUUCUAUUCGAUAGUUAAGACCGACUUUGAUAAAUCUGUCUUAAUUAAAUAAUUAAAUUAGAAAUGAUUUCGGUUUAAUUUACACGUGAUAUAGAAAAACAGUUUUAUAUCUGAUUAGAGUAUAGGAAAUAGUUCCGUUGAAACUGAAGUUAGUUUUAUAUCUACCAUCGAAAAUGGCUCUCAGAAAAGUGAAGGGUAAUUUCGAGCGCAUGUUCGACAAGAACUUGACGGAUCUCGUGCGGGGUAUUAGAAACAAUAAAGAAAAUGAGGCAAAAUACAUCGCCCAAUGUAUGGAAGAAAUCAAACAGGAGCUUCGUCAAGAUAACAUUGCUGUUAAGGCAAAUGCUGUGGCCAAAUUGACAUAUCUUCAAAUGCUCGGCUAUGAUAUCAGCUGGGCUGGAUUUAAUAUCAUCGAAGUGAUGUCGUCCGCUAAAUUCACUUACAAACGGAUUGGAUAUUUGGCUGCAAGCCAGAGUUUUCAUGCCGACACUGAACUGUUGAUGUUGACAACAAAUAUGGUGCGAAAGGAUUUAAACAGCCAAAAUCAAUACGAUGCAGGUUUGGCAUUGAGUGGAUUGUCGUGUUUCAUAAGUCCAGAUUUAGCAAGGGAUUUGGUGAAUGACAUAAUGACCUUAUUAACGUCAACAAAACCUUAUCUACGCAAAAAAGCAGUACUUAUGAUGUACAAAGUUUUCCUUCGGUUUCCGGAAGCACUAAGGCCUGCUUUUCCAAGACUCAAAGAAAAACUUGAAGAUCCUGACAGUGGAGUUCAGUCUGCAGCUGUCAAUGUAGUAUGCGAGCUGGCCAGAAAAAAUCCUAAAAAUUAUCUCAGUCUUGCUCCUGUCUUUUUCAAACUUAUGACCACAUCUACAAACAACUGGAUGCUCAUCAAAAUAAUUAAAUUGUUUGGCGCAUUGACUCCUUUAGAGCCUAGGCUUGGCAAAAAGCUAAUAGAACCCCUUACAAAUCUAAUACACAGCACAUCUGCAAUGUCGCUGUUGUACGAGUGUAUUAAUACAGUGAUAGCUGUGUUAAUAUCAAUAUCAUCGGGCAUGCCAAAUCACUCUGACUCGAUUCAGCUCUGUGUUCAGAAAUUGAGGAUACUUAUCGAAGAUUCAGACCAGAAUUUAAAGUAUUUAGGACUUUUGGCAAUGUCCAAAAUACUCAAAACACAUCCUAAGAGUGUGCAGGCGCACAAAGAUCUGAUAAUGCAGUGUCUGGACGACAAAGACGAAAGCAUUCGUCUCAGAGCUUUGGAUUUGUUGUAUGGAAUGGUGUCAAAGAAGAAUCUUAUGGAAAUUGUUAGGAAGCUGAUGAUCCAUAUGGAUAAGGCUGAGGGGACGACUUACAGAGACGAAUUGCUAUCAAAGAUCAUACAAAUUUGCUCACAAAAUAAUUAUCAGUUUAUCACAUACUUCGAAUGGUACAUUUCCGUAUUGGUUGAGCUUACGCGUAUGGAAGGUACAAAGCAUGGUCAACUGGUGGCAACCCAAUUGCUCGAUGUUGCGAUUCGAGUUCAGGCGAUUCGUAAUUUUGCGGUUCAACAGUGUGCCUUACUUCUGGAAAAUGCGCAUUUGCUGACCGGUCAACCUAGAGCUACCAUGGCCGAGGUUUUGUAUGCCGCCGCCUGGAUUUGUGGUGAAUUUUCCAGUGAACUACAAAAUCCUUUUGCGACGUUGCAAUCAAUGCUGAGAUCCAGGGCGUCCACCCUUCCUGGUCAUAUUCAAGCUGUUUAUGUUCACAAUAUCUUGAAAUUGAUAGCAUGUACUUUGAGUAAAGCGGAAAAAGAAAAUGACACCAAAACUAUAGAAGAGAUAUAUUCACUCAGUGAUAAAAUAUCCGCGUUUGUGUGCAGCGGUGAUUUAGAGGUACAGGAAAGAGCGAGUUCGGCGCUAGUUCUUCUCGAAUGUUUGAAAGAAAGUCCAGGUCUGGCGCCGGAAUUAGCUGAAAUGUUUGUCGGAGAAUUGAAUCCUGUCGCCCCUAAAGCUCAGAGAAAGGUACAAAUCCCAGAAGGUCUAGAUUUGGACGCAUGGAUAAACGAUCCCCCAUCUGAGAGCUCUGACUCUGAAGAUCUUGACAUGAACGAUAUUUUUGUAAAAAUUGAAAAGCCCAGUGACUCCUAUCGUAAACAGAAUACAGUAGAAUUAACACCUGAGGAACUUCAACAGAGACGAGAUGCUCGUAAACUAGAGCAAGAAAACAAUCCUCACUAUUUGAAAGGGUCAAGUAACUCUUAUAAAAAUUCUUCAUCUUAUCACAAUAUUGCGAACAAUAUCGAGGAUGAGUAUCAAACGAUACCCAUUGUGGAAUUGAACAUACCAGUCUCCCUCGAAAUACCAGGUCUGGCAAAUUCAAAAAAACAUUUCAAUCUUCACGUUCAAGAAGACAACAGUGACAAGAGACAGAAGAGACGCAGCAAAAAAAAGCUGUCAAAAAAAAAUAAGAGAUCAAAUAGUUCCGAAGAUGAGCAUGAAAGUGCUUAUCCUACCCAGCUAGUUAACACGGGUGUUGGCGAAUUACCACCUGGUGCUGAGCUUAGCGAUGGUGAUGAUUAUGAUGCUGCGGAUAUGAACGAUCCUCACAGGGCUUUAGAUAUGGAUUUAGACAUGCCGUUGCGAGAGGAUGAAAGGUUACCUGUUCCCGAACACAGAAACGUUGAAAAUAAUCCAACCAACGAAGUGCCUGAUGCCAAGCAAAGCAAAAAAAAUAAAGAUAAGGAGCAUAGGAAGUCUAAGAAGAAGAGCAAAAGCUCAAAAGAGCAUAAGGUGAAGGCGACUAAAAUGUUAGAGGAGAAUGGAAAUAAUAUAGAUCUGUGGUUGUCUGGUGACACCCCUCUGGAAAAACUCGAAAACUUAGAUAGCGCUAAUCAAAUGGAAAUACCGAGUAGGCUUCAUUUGCAACCAAAGGAAGACGUCAGAUCUAAGAGCUUAAAGAAUAAAAGUAAAAAUAAGAGUGAUCACGAAGUAAAGCAUAAAAAGAAGAGCAGGAGAGGUCGGGAUGAAUCUAAUACACGCAAAGAUAAAAAAUCGUCUGGCUAUGAAGAAACUGCUGGCAUUUCUACUCCGUCGAAAGAAAUUUUACCAUCUUUGAACCACUUGAUGAAUCGAUCGGAUAGUUCCCUGAUAAAUAUUCAAUCUCAGUUCAACUUAAUCGAUUCGAGAGAUUCCUACGAUAUUCUAGCUGCGGAUAAAAUGGUCAAACUUGCCUACGAACUAAAACAAUUACCACAGGAAACAGAUAAAAUCGUUAUUUUCCUUGUUCUAACCAACGUAGGUACGAAUCUUUUAAAAGAAUUGGAUUUUAAUAUAUCGGAUACGUCGACAUUGAAGCUUUUUAGAAACGCAGGCGAUGAAUUUGGUAUGAAACUACAAUUUCAGCUGCCUCCUAAUUCUAGCAACGAGGCUCAAUUCACUCUCUCCGUCUCUGAUGUAACAUUUUCUCAGAAAUUACGAGGUACACUGACAUAUAUGAUUGAAGGAGAAUCGAGAACUUCUCAGGAAAAACUUGACUUUGUCGUAACAUUACCAUGCAGCAGUUUUAUGGUGGGUCAUUUAUCUCAUAGAGAUAUACUAACGGAGUUAUUAGGCGGUGGUCAAUUAACGGAGAAAACAAAAAGUGAAGUUUAUUCCGGAGGACAGGAAUUUUCCCAACUACUUACUACAGUCUGCUUCAAAUGCCACUUGACUUUAGUCGAACAAAUUGAUCAAACUGCAUCACUCUAUGGACAUUCCUUAAAGGGACAUCAUGUGUGCCUUUUAUUAAAACAUAACAAUGCUAAGUCGACUCUGGUGAUAGAAGGUAAAAGUGACAAUAGUUCGUUAUUGUCGGGAAUUGUUGAAGAAAUAUCAAGACUUCUGUCAUAACGUCGUUAAAAGUCUAUAUCGGGAAAAAAUAAUAAUGAUUCAAUCAAUAUUACCUACAUUUACUUAUAUUCGUUGAUAUUCGAUUCCUACAUCAGCAUUGCUGACGGACUGUUGAAAAAAAAUAUAUACAUACAUAUACAUACAUAUAUAAAAUAGAGGUACAUACGUCAAUAUGAGAUUAACAUGACAGCGUAUUCUAUUUCUUUCUUUUUGUUAGAACCCCGCGAUUAUUACUCAAGUUCACAAAUCGUUUAAAGAACUUUAUGCUGAUAAUUGUUAUGUCAGAAGUGUUAUUCAUUUACAAUUUUCUGAACUAUACACACAUUUAUAAAUAUAUUUACGAUAAAGUUAGCUUUAUCUUUGAGUUUUUCGCCAGUUCUAAGUUUUUAUACGCUCCUGUCGGUACUGCUACUAGUUAUAAAUGAUCCUGUACAUAAAAAACAAAUUAUCAUUAUUGUUGGAAACAAAACAAAUAAAUACAAUCUGAUAAGCUGUAUUAAAUGUCAAGUGUGUCAGCCUAGCACGUGAAUGACUCCUUAAUUUGAAUUACUUGAGAAACAUAUUAAUAUUGUCACUUUACACAAUAUUUUCUCUUGCGGUAUUAGAUCACAAAAAUGACCAGCUAUAAUCCUCAUAAGCUGAUAUUUAUUGUGUUGUAACUAAACGAGAAAACUGACAGACAUGAGUCAAUGCUGUAAAGCUAAAUAAAUGUGUAAAUGCAGUUCAUCAUCAGCUCAAAGCGACACUUUUUCAGUUCAAAUUAAUCGCUGGCCAAAAAUGACUGCAAACCUUUAGACCGUCAGUUUAAUACAACUGCCGUGAAUUUUUCCAACAAUAAACGCCUGCAAGUAUCCAUUGUGAGAUAGUGUGUAAAUUAAAUAUAUGAGAUCAACUUGGAUGAGACUAACUUGGAUGAGAUCAACGCUAUUAUAUCAUUAAUCAUGUUAUGAAUUGUAUACAGUAAAGUAAAUAAUAUUCAGAAUCAACCUACUCCAAAAUAAUUAUUAAAAUGUAUUUUUUUCGUGA